AUGUUCAACACCACAGUGAACUUGAGCGGUGCGGUCGGCCUCCCCCUGUGGUACCAGUACCAAAUGUGCGCCGUGGCCCCGUACGGCUUUGUCUUCUACUACGGCGUCAAGGUGUUCAACCUGGUGGUGGGCACUCCCUGCAACGGCCUUGUCAUUUGGCAGAUCGCCUCCAAGAAGAGCGACUCGUGCACCUCGGACGUGUUCAUCCUCAACUUGGCCGUACUGGACGUGUAUUUCUGCCUCAUGACGCCCGCCGAGCUGCUCAACACCCUGCUGCUGGACGACACGCGCAUCUGGUACCUGCAGAGGUUCUCGUAUGGCGUCAAGGACGCGGGGGUGCUCUUCUUGGUGUGUGUCUGUGUGGACCGCCACAUGGCCGUGGUUCACCCCGUGCUGUUCGCUAGCAUCCGGAACAACAAAAUCCGCACGGGCGUUUCGAUGGCCGCGUGGGCCGCGAUCACGGCGUACGCCCUGGCUAAGUGCGUCUUGGGCUCCGUGAGCGUUAACGGCGUGUUCAGCGCCAUGGUGCUCGUCGCCCUGGCCGUCAUGGUGCUGUGCAACGUCUCCGUCAUCUGGGUGCUGCGGCGCUCCGUGGCCGGCCAGGAGGCCAUGCACCCGGCCAAGAAGAAGGCCCUCAAAACGGUGCUCGUCGUCCUGGCCAUCAUCGUGGUCAACUACCUGCCGCCCGUGCUCAUGCCCUUUGCGCCUUACUACACCCUGAUGGAGUUCCGCUGCCAGAUCAGAAUCAGCGUGUACGCCAUCAUGGACCUGAGCUGCAGCGUGGAGCCGCUGCUCUACGUCACCAAGAUGGAGUGCAUGGGAGGGUGGGGCUGCCGGUGCUGCGUUGCCAGGACGCUACGCCGCGUCGAAGUCUGACGCUGCUUCCUGCUUCUUCUAUACCCUUUCCCCGUUUGGGCUCUAUGCUGGCUUGUGUCCACCUUGUUUCUUUCUUAUUUUUUCUUGGUUUUUUAAAAUC